AUGUUCAGAGGCUCGGGGAACACAGCCAGAGCUCUGCAGGAGAGUAAAACACAACUGAACAGGAUCAGUGAUGAUGCAGCUUCAUCUCUGCACAACGAGGGCAGAGCAGAGCCUCCAGCCUCCAGCUGUCUGUCUAUGAGGAGCGACUGGUCUAAAGUAACUCCUCCAGACUUCAGUCCUGAUCCUGGACCUUCACACACACAAUCCAGGAAGAAGCUCCUGCCUGAGUCACAGGUGGACUUUGACACAGACCCAGGAUAUGAGCCUCCAGCCUCCAGCUGUCUGUCUAUGAGGAGUGACUGGUCUAAAGACAAACCUCCAGAGUUCAGUGCUGAACCUGGACCUUCAGCCACAAAAAAGAGGAAGAGGAGCAGUGAGGCUGUGGAGGAGCAGCUGUCCUGCUGUGCUUUGUGUCAGGAGGUCCUGAGGGAUCCAGUCUCCACCAGCUGUGGACACUGGUUCUGCAGACAGUGCAUCACCUCAGACUGGGACCAGUCUGGUUCAUCAGGAGACUCUGCCUGUCCCCAGUGUGGAAAAAGAUCCAGAACAAGACCUGCACGGCAGACACCCAGUCAAACCAGCACAGUGGACGGCGGUCUGCAGGAGGUUUUAGACGAGCAUAAGAUCAGUCUGAGGAGGAGAUGUGAAUUUGUGACAGAAGGAACUGCUGCAGCAGGAAGUGGAACCCCCCUCAACAGGAUCUACACUGAGCUCUACAUCACACAGGGAUGGAGGGACGAGGUUAAUACCCAACAUGAGGUGUGGCAGCUGGAGACAACAUCCAAGAUGGAGACCCUCCAUGACACUCCAAUCAAGUGCCAGGACAUCUUUAAACCCUUACCUGGCCAAGACACACACAUCAGAGUAGUUGUGACGCAGGGCGUUGCUGGCAUUGGAAAAACCUUCUCAGUGCAGAAGUUCACUCUGGACUGGGCAGAGGGCUUGGAAAACCAACAUGUCAGUCUUGUGGUUCUGCUUUCGUUCCGGGAGCUGAACUUGAUCAAAGAUGAGCGCUACAGUCUUCUCCAGCUGCUCCGUGUUUUCCAUCCAACAUUACAGACGGUCACAGCAGAGAAGCUCACCGUCUGUAAAGUCGUGUUCAUCUUUGACGGCCUGGAUGAAAGCAGGUUUUUCUUGGAUUUCCAGAACAAUGAGGUCGUGUCUGAUGUCACACAGACAUCAUCAGUAGACGUGCUGUUGACAAACCUCAUCGAGGGGAAUCUGCUUCCCUCGGCUCUCCUCUGGAUAACUUCCAGACCUGCGGCGGCCAAUCAGAUCCCUCCUACAUGUGUGGACAGGGUAACAGAAGUCCGAGGGUUCACUGACGUCCAGAAGGAGGAAUACUUCAGGAGGAGAUCCAGUGAUGAGGAGCUGUGCAGCAGAAUCAUCUCACACAUCAAGGCAUCCAGGAGCCUCCACAUCAUGUGCCACAUCCCAGUCUUCUGCUGGAUCACUGCUACAGUUCUGGAGCACAUGUUGACUACAGACCAGAGAGGAGAGCUGCCCAAGAGCCUGACUGACAUGUACUCACACUUCCUGCUGGUUCAGACACAGAGGAAGAAGCACAAGUACGAUGAGAGACAUGACAGGAGUCAGCAGGAGCUGAUGGAGACUGACAGGGAAGUUCUUCUGAAGCUGGGCAGGCUGGCGUUUGAACAUCUGGAGAAAGGCAACCUGAUGUUCUACCAAGAAGACCUGGAGGAGUGUGGUCUUGAUGUCAGAGAGGCCUCGGUGUACUCAGGAGUGUGCACAGAGAUCUUCAAAACCGAGUGUGUGCUCUUUCAGAGAAAAGUCUACUGCUUUGUUCAUCUGAGCAUUCAGGAGUUUCUCGCUGCAGUCUACAUCUUCCACUGCUUCACCAACAGGGACAUGAAGGUACUGAAGACUUUUCUGGAGGACUUUGAAGACAGUGAUGACUGUGAUGACACAAUGUCUAAAGUCCUGAAAAGUAAAAAUGGCCAGCUGGACCUCUUUGUCCGCUUCCUUCAUGGUCUCUUACUGGAGUCCAGCCAGAGGCUCUUAGGAGGCCUGCUGGGUCAGACAGAGAGCAGACCAGAAGACAUCCAGAGAACCAUCAGCAACCUGAAGGAAAUGAACACCUACAGUUCCUCUCCUGACAGAAGCAUCAACAUCUUCCACUGUUUGAUGGAGAUGAACGACCUCUCAGUACAUCAGGACAUCCAAGAGUUCCUGAAGUCAGAGAACAGAUCAGAGAAGAAACUCUCUGAGAUCCACUGCUCAGCUCUGGCCUACAUGCUGCAGAUGUCAGAGGAGGUUCUGGAUGUGUUGGACCUGAAGGCGUACAACACAUCAGAGGAGGGACGACUGAGACUGAUCCCAGCUGUGAGGAACUGCAGGAAGGCUCGACUGUCUGACUGUAGACUCUCAAAGACUCACUAUGAAGUUGUGGACUCGGCUCUGAAGUCCAACCCCUCCUAUCUGACAGAGCUGGACCUGGGUGAGAACAAGCUACAGGAUUCAGGAGUGGAGCUGCUGUCUGCUGGACUGGAGAGUCCAAACUGCAGACUGAAGACUCUGAGACUGAGUCACUGCAUGUUGUCAGAGAGCAGCUGUGCUUCUCUGGCCUCGGCUCUGAAGUCCAACCCCCAUCUGACAGAGCUGGACCUGAGUGAGAACAAGCUGCAGGAUUCAGGAGUGAAGCUGCUGUCUGCUGGACUGGAGAGUCCAAACUGCAGCCUGAAGACUCUCAGACUGAGACACUGUAGGUUGUCAAGGAGCAGCUGUGCUUCUCUGGCCUCAGCUCUGAAGUCCAACCCCCAUCUGACAGAGCUGGAUCUGAGUGAGAACCAGCUGAAGGAUUCAGGAGUGAAGCUGCUGUCUGCUGGACUGGAGAGUCCAAACUGCAGACUGAAGACUCUGAGGCUGACAGACUGUCAGGUCACAGAUAAAGGCUGUGCUUCUCUGGCCUCGCCUCUGAAGUCCAACCCCCAUUUGACAGAGCUGGACCUGAGCUACAACAAGCUGCAGGAUUCAGGAAUGAAGCUGCUGUCUGAUCUGGUGGAGAGUCCAAACUGCAGACUGAAGACU